GCUAUCCAGCUGACUACAUGUCAGAGGCAAAUUUUCUAUUUUUUGUGACAUUGGACAACUAACACAUGCUAAUGUGUAGUCUCCUUGUGUUUUUCUUUGCUUAGACUAGAGAUGAUGUCGUUUGGUGACAGGUCACAAGCCGCAGCGGGCGGGCCGACAGGGAUUCACCCAGCCCAGAAGGUCCCUAUGGGCCUGGGUUCCAUCACGGCCUACACGCAGUCUGCCAGCGUCCCCAGCCUCCCAGGAGUCAGCUCCUCCCACACAAAUACACGCUACUCCUCCUCCUCAGCAGUGGCGGCGUCAGCCAUACCUUCAGCAGUUGGCUACUCCUCACUGACUUCCAACAGCCACAAUUCCUCAUUCCCCAUCAAUCCAGAUGUCAAGUUGAAAAAACUGCCCUUUUACGAUAUUUUGGGAGAACUGCUUAAACCUUCAUCACUAGCUCCUCAGGGUUCAGGUCGAUAUCAAGAGUCCACCUUCAGUUUCUCCCUCACUCCACAACAAGCCAACAGAAUUGCCAACUCUAGAGAUUUACGGCCGGGCAGACAAGACUACUCCGUUCAGGUUCAGAUGAGGUUUUGUUUGCUGGAAACUACUUGUGAACAAGAGGACAAUUUUCCACCAAAUAUAGCAGUGAAAAUAAAUGAAAAGAUGUGUCCACUACCGACUCCAAUCCCCACAAACAAGCCAGGAGUUGAACCGAAGCGACCGUCUCGCCCAGUGAAUGUGACUGCCCUGUGCCGCAUAUCUCCCACAGUAACAAAUCGCAUACAGGUAUCUUGGGCGUCUGAAUAUGGUCGCUGUUAUGUCAUAUCUGUGUACCUAGUUCAGAAGCUGACCUCAGAUGACCUUCUUCAAAGACUAAAAAACAAAGGGGCCAAAAUUGCAGACUUUACACGAUCUCUAAUCAAACAGAAGCUCCAGGAGGAUGCAGACUGCGAAAUUGCAACCACCUCCUUGCGCUGCUCACUUAUGUGCCCCCUUGGCAAAAUGCGCAUGAUGUUGCCAUGCCGAGCGAGCACCUGUGACCAUCUCCAGUGUUUCGAUGCUUCACUUUACCUGCAGAUGAAUGAACGCAAGCCAACGUGGACAUGCCCAGUCUGUGACAAGAGUGCUCUUUAUGAUUAUCUAGUUAUUGAUGGGUACUUUCAAGAAGUCCUACAACAGAACUCCAGCUGCAAUGAGGUCACACUUCACAAAGAUGGAAGCUGGACCCCACUCAUGCCCAAGAAGGAGAAACAAGAGCCACAGUUGGAGAAACGGAAAUCGGAGGUUGCUGUCGAAACACUCAGUGGCGACAGUGAUGAUGACGAAACGAGAGACCAGGAUGACGGGGAGGGCUCUUUGAAUGGCACCGGAGGAUUGCUGACGCCAGCAGGAGGUGGCAGCAGCGGCACAACAUUCUCUCCUCCUUCCUCUGGGUCAGUGAGUCCCCAAGUGAUCUGCUUAGACAGCCCCGCAUCAUCCCCCUCCCCCCCUCUCCGCAGACCCAACCAGGGACCUUCCCCUCUCCCUGCGGGCAUCUCUGUAACCCCCGUAGUUUCCACCCCCGCUGUUACAUCUUCCAGCACCUCCUUUGCUUCAGGGCACAGUGAUGUGCGGCAGGUGAUCAAUGUGACCUCCAGAAGUACCCCACCUGUCACAGCCAGCAGUAACAGCAGUAGCAGUAGUAGUCCUGUGCCACAUGCCACCAUCACCCCAGUCCCUUCCACCACCAGUUCAUCUGCAACCAUAUCCACACCCAGUCCCAAUGCCUCUAGUUUCCUGACUCCCAGCCCACAAGACCCCUUGGCUACCUCAUCUUCCUUUAACCUUCAGCAGACUUCCUUGGCCUUACACAGAGUCCCUACUCCCUUCCUCCUGCAUUACAGAACCUGUUCAACCCCUUAGGGAUGAUGCCUCCCACUACACCAUCUGGCAAUUUACCCUUCAGACCACAAGACAGAUUCCUGUAGAAUCCUAGCCAAAUAUAUUUGUAGAGAAUUGGGCUGGACCUUUGAGGGGAUAUAAGGAUGGUUGCGGCAUUUGCGGGGUUAAGGCACCUCAGCAGUUUGAGAAUAGCAGGAGCAAAGUUUCUUAGACAAACUAUUUCUUGUCUUUGGAAAAUAAUACAUACUCUUCUUUAUUUGCAAAAUACCUUUUGCAAAACUUUCCUUCACCAAAGUGUUACAAUGUAUUCUUAGUUGAGUGUAGAGGUUAUUCUUCUCAUAGUCUUUUGGUUCUUGCAAAAGACUUAAUAGUAGUUGUAAGUAAUAAUAUUGGAAAUAGAGGAAAUGUUACAAGUACAAAUGUAUCCUGUGAGAGUUUGUUCCUUGAGGGGUCUGGUUAACAGCUGUACAGUGAGGAGAAUUGGACUAACGUGAACAUUUAGAUUCAUUGGUAUUUCACAUCAUCUUUUGUAACUUCUGUUCUUCCUUGUGUCCACUUCAUUUUUUACCUCAAGUUUGCCAUAGUUUUAUGUAAGAGAUGUUUAUCUUUACCUUUACCAUUUCUUUCUAGUGUUUAUCACAGAGGCAGAAGUUGUACUGGCUUAUUGUGGAGUCACAUAACAAAAUCCAUUUCUACUGACUCACGGCCUUUGAGUUAUUUUUAUCUUACUGAAAGUUAUUUACACUACUUGUAUGUGGCAUUAAUGUGGCCUCAUUUAGUCAAAGGUUGCCCCACCUUUGGACCCAACAGGGUGUGUGUGGUAAGAUGGUCGGAUUCCGAGGUAAACAACAACGCAUCCAUUGGUCCCCUCAAGUAUGUGACAACCACUAACGUCCUCUCCAGUAGCAGUAACUCCUGGAGCCCAUCUCAAAACUUAGUCGUGUCCACCAGGAGUGAGAGUCCCCUACCCCAAGAGGGAAAUGACUCCAGCAGAAUUCUCGCCACAAACACAUGCUACCGUAAAACAUACAAUCUCAGGAAAAGGUCCUCAAAUACUGCUGCCGAGUAAUUACAUUUUGAGGAGCUGUGAUUUUUCAUUUCUUUUGAUAAUGUUGAUGCCUCAUCAGCAUAACAUGACACAAUUAGGUAAAUUUUAAUUUUUCUGUAAUGCAUUUACUGCCAGCAAGAUAAACAUUUUGUCUUCUACUUGAAAUAUCAAGUGCAUCUAUCUGUUCUGUUCUUGCCUCUAAGCUGUACAGAUGUUAACCAAAGCAAUUUGAAGAAAUGUAUAUAUAUUGUGUAUCAACUAUGAAUCUGAAGUAUUUGUUUAAAAAAAAAGUUAUGCUGCAGCU